AAGCUGACCGAGGAGCAGAAGGCCAACCUGCGCACCUGCUUCCGCAUGAUGGAUGCCGAUGGCAGCGGCGCCAUUGACGCCGAGGAGCUGGGCGCCGCCUUCAAGCUGCUGGGGCUCAGCGUGAGCCGCAAGGAGGUGGAGGCGAUGCUGGCAGAAGUGGACCGCGACGGCUCAGGC